AAACAAAUUUGCAAAAAGCAAAGGUUGGUUUUGUCAUGACAGUCUUUCGAAAUUACCGAAAAUAUUCUUAAACAAUAAACUGUACAAUGGCUCGGCGGAUUCCUUGGAGAAGGCUUUGCCCAGAUGUCGUUGCAACCAGGAUCGAAGAAGCCAGCCAAGCAAGAAUUUAUCUUCUUCGCGAGACAGGCCCAACUGGGUUUCUUUUGAAACAAGAUGGUUUAGAUCGGAAAUUUAAGGUGUUUUUGGGUGAUCAACAUUCUUGUACUUGUCAAACUUUUAUGAAGGAAAAGGAAUUAUGUCUUCACAUCCUUUGGAAACAGUUUAAUAUACAUUUCUCAACUAGUAAUCCGAAUUUUUCAAUUGUAGUUAUUUUUCAACUGUCACUGGUGGAGCGUGAGAUUAAUGAAGUGAUGAGAGGAAGCUACUCAAGGUCAAGCAGAACAGCAAAGAGGAGAAACUCUGAGAAGGACAUGACUGCUAGUGAUAGCAGAGAGAAACUUAAACAAAAACAGAUAGAGGAACAAGAUGUCUGUCCCAUAUGUCAGGAUGAAUUACUACAGAAGCCAGAACCAAUAACAUAUUGCAAGUAUGGUUGUGGUAACAGUGUGCAUGUAAAAUGUAUGAAGAUCUGGGCUGAGCAUCAACGCUCUACUGGCGAGACUAUAGUGAAAUGCCCUUUGUGUAGAGUGGACUUUGGAUCCUUUCAGGAAUUGAUGGAUGAGUUUCACAAAUCAUCUCGACGUAAAACAAGGGCGGAAAGACAAGAUCUUCACCUUGGGGCAACUUGUAAAAGGUGCAGAGUGUGUCCUAUAGCAGGAAAAUGUUACAGGUGUGUCGUUUGUGCAGAUUACCAUCUGUGUCACACGUGUUUUGCUACAGACACCCACAUGCAACAUUCUUUCCAGUUUAGACAGAAACCCAGUGAACGUUGGCAUGCAGCUACACGAAUCACACCAUUACCAAAUGCUGUCAUAAGCGACCUACAAAACCGUGACAUUUCUGCUGGUGAUUAUGAAUUACUGCUACAACUGGACAGGCAGGUUACAGAUCAGGAUGGCAUCCCUGCCCAAGUGAUGCACAACCUACCAACACAAGUGUUGCAAGAGAGGCACACACUGCUCACUGAUGGCACCAAGUGUGGUGUAUGUUUACAAGGAUUCCAAACACACCAGCGUGUCAGGACCUUGCCAUGUCAGCAUCCUUUCCACAUCACCUGCAUUGAUAACUGGCUCACAACCCAUUCUCAGUGUCCUGUAGAUGGCUCUUAUGUUGGGUCUGUUACCUCUGCAGCUUCUGUGACUGCCCCACAGCCCAAUGAGCAUGUGAUGCCUGGUGUGGGUCAUGUUAUGACUGGUUCAAAUAGUACUCCAGUCUUGGGCGGGGUUGGAAAGAGAUCAGGACAGAGAUUAAAAGGACUCAGUGAAAGAAAUGAUUCAGCUAAAAGUUUACCAAGCAGUUUUACUCUCAGUGGGUCUGGAUUGUUGGCAUCACAAAGUAACCGCAGAUUAAGAUCCAACGAAAACAUCCGAACGCCUGAUGAGAUGGCAACAGUACAACCUCCGCUGCUGGAUGAACUUCGCAUUACUAUACAUCCCGAGCAUUCAGUAGCCCAUCUUGUUCGACUGUCAUCAGCGGGACGGGACAGGAUAGGAUCUCGACAGAGAGUCGUACCAAAUACAUCCCCUGGAAUUAAGACGUUCACCAGGCACAACAUAACAUUCAAUCCUGCGAAUUCUUCUAAACCACCGAUGCCACCCCAGAGUUUGAACAGUAAUAGAAGUUCAAGUGGUGAUACUAGGCGGCAGAAACCUAAACUGGACAGAUCACAGCGAAGCAGUUCUGUAGGAGAACUCAGUUUGUUCGCGUCAGGAACCGCUGUACACUUAGGAUCGCAGACACCGCCAAUGAACACUGACAAGAGACUUAAAGGACAACUUAUGAAAGGAAAACUUACAUCAAAGAAUUCAAGACAAUCUGUGUCGGACCCUGGACUUUCAGUGACUUUGGAGCCCCUUGUGGGCUCUGGGAUUUCUGUCUUUCUUCCCCCAGUAGACGUUGACUAAUUUUAAAGUAGUUUUUAUUGUGUGUUGUAUAUUGAAAAUAGUGUGAAAAAGAAAAACUAUUGUGAAUCACGUUUGGAUUAAAACGAAUACAGAUAUUGAAAAAUUGCAUCAGUAUUGUAUCCUACUGUAAAGGAAAUAUCACAGACUGUCACAGCUCGGUAUAACAUGACGUACGUUGUCUAAGUAAUUCUGAAAUAUCUCAAAACCUCUUUGAUGAGGUGAAUAAAUCUACGAUACUCGGCGUACAAUAGGCCACGUUCGAUAUAUCAAUAUUCUAACAUGGCUACGAGGCUUUCAGGACAAACUUCUAUAUCUGGUGUUGUUUUCUAUGUAUUCAAGUCUCUUUUGGGAAUUGAGAGACAAAAGAAACUUAAAAAAUUACAAUUUUGACCCGAAAGCCUUGGAGCCACGUUGGAAUAUCGAUAUACCGAACGUGGUGUAUUGAACAAGGGGUAAAAAACUGUUCAGAAGCUCGAUAGAAGCUUGUAAAUUGUAAAAGUCGCCAUUGUACCGGCCUACCACGGGUAAUAUAACUAGUUUUUGUUGACCACAGAUUUACACUUAAUUAAUUUAUCGUAACUUCAUUUGGCCGGUCGGUAUAAAGCAAAUUGAAUGGCUAUAUUAGGUAUAACGGAUGUUGACAACACAGAGGAAUAAACUAGCGCAUAACCUUAAAAGCUUCAGACUAACGGCAACAGAUAUGAAUCAUGGAAUUCACUUCGUUCCAUUGCGUAGACGCAAAAUACAUCAAUAAUUUAGGUAAGUAGGUAAAGUCUGCACAGAGCCAAGUGGCCCAUUAGGCUGGCGCUUAUCUCCGCUUUCAGUA